GCAUCCCCGGGGCCUCCGGGACGAUGUGGCUGGGGUCACCCCGGGCCAGCCGGCCCCCCGAGGACGGGGACAUGCUGUCCGCCUCGCAUUUCUACCUGGAGGGCCCGCGGCUGGGGAGCGGCGCCUCGGCCGCCACCUCCAUCCUCCGGCCGCAGGGCUCCGCACACUCCAGGCAGCUGUGGGAGGCCGAGGACGAACUGGAAGAGGAGGAGUCGUCCGAGUCCGAGGAGGAGAUGCCGGCCAUAGAGGAACAUUUUGAUGGCGUCCUAAGAGAAGAUGCAGUUGCUGAAGCACUCCACAAAUUAGGACGCUCAGCCCGGGGUACUGAGCAGGUCUACCUCAAUCUUUCACUGUCGGCUUGUGAUUUAAGUGACAUUAGCAUUCUCUGUGGAUAUGUUCAUCUGGAGAAGUUGGAACUUUCGUUCAAUAAAAUUAAUGAUUUGACUUGCGUUAGUUAUAUGCCCUACCUCCUGGAACUUAAUGCUUCUCACAAUGAGCUGACUUCAUUCUUCAAUUUCAAGCCACCUAAAAAUCUCAAGAAGGUGAAUUUGUCCCACAACAGUAUUCCUGAAAUGAAAGACCUGUCAUCUUAUCAAGCUCUUACCACAUUAAUACUAGACAAUAAUGAUAUAGAAGAGAUCAAAGGACUGGAGCAGUGCAUGAAUCUAACUCAUCUCAGCUUGGCACACAACAAGAUCAUUACAAUUGAUGGUCUGACCAAGUUACCAAUCAAAAUACUCUGCCUGAGCUUCAAUCAAAUUGAGACAAUAACUGGUUUAGAGGACCUGAAAACUCUGCGCAAUUUGGAUCUGUCCCAUAAUAAAAUCAGCAGUUUAAAGGGCUUGGAGAACCACAAUUUCUUGGAGAUAAUCAACUUAGAAGAUAAUCAGAUUGCUGAAUUGGGAGAAUUAGAAUACAUCGAAGAUCUGCCUCUCCUUAGAGUGCUCAAUCUCUUAAAAAACCCAGUUCAGGAGAAUUCUGAUUAUUGGCUCUUAGUUCUGUUCAUGCUACUGCGCCUAACGGAGCUAGAUUGCAAGAAGAUUAAAGUGGAAGAAAAGGUUGCUGCAGUGAAUAAGUAUGACCCUCCUCCAGAAGUCAUUGCUGCACGAGACCAUCUAACCCAUGUGGUACAUAGCAUGAUGCAACCUCAGAAGAUAUUUGACAGCACCUUGCCCAGUCUUGAUGCUCCAUACCCCAUGCUGGUAUUAGUUGGUCCCCAAAAUUGUGGGAAACGAGAACUCGCCCAGCGACUCUGCAGGCAGUUCAAUGCUUUUUUCAGAUAUGGUGCCUGUCAUACCACAAGACCUCCCUAUUUUGGAGAAGGGGACAGAGUUGAUUAUCAUUUUAUCUCACAGGAAAUAUUUCAUGAAAUGCAAAGCAUGGGGAAAUUCAUCGUGACAUUUAAAUAUAGCAACCAUAAUUAUGGUCUAAACCGAGACACAGUAGAAGGAAUAGCAAGAGAUGGCCUCGCAAGCUGUAUUCAUAUGGAAAUUGAGGGCGUGAGAAGUUUGAAAAAUUCCUACUUUGAACCUCGAUAUGUCCUACUGGUUCCACUAAACAAAGAGAAAUACGAGGGCUAUUUGCGGAGGAAAGGGGUGUUUAGCCGAGCAGAAGUUGAAUUUGCUGUCUCCAGGGUGGAUUAUUAUGUUAAGAUAAAUCAGGAUUUUCCAGGCUACUUUGAUGCAAUAAUAAAUGCAGAUGAUCUGGAUGAAGCAUACCAGAAGUUGAGCCAGCUCAUCAGAGAAUAUCUUGGUUUGGCCGAGAAUGACAAGGAUUUGAUUCUAAAUGAAGACAAAGCAACUACAAUUACAGAUUUUAGAACAGAGGCCUCUGAUCUGAGACCAACAAGCAUUGGAGAAUUUUAUAUGAGCAAUACCCAGCCUCCUAAUACCAAUGAAUUAUUGGACUCUACAGGCAGAAACUACUCUGUUAAAUUGUCAGCAAAACUUUCAACAGAGCGAACACCAGCGGAGAUUUCCACGCAGAGGCGACAUGAAGCAGCACGCCAGGCUAUAAUGGGGAAGGUGUCUUUUACUUCCACUCAUCUCUUUCAAAGAGGGCCGGUGCCCACCCCAGACCCUUCGAAACCCCAUUUGGACGCAAUCAGUCAAAUGACUUUUCAACUACCCAGGAUCGGAGUAAGCUCCAUUCCAGGGGACAGCCUCGAUCCUGCCAGCUUAGACACCAGUGGGUCUUCGCUGGACAUACCGUUUUCACCUCUCUGGAUGGCGGGCCCCAACACUCCCUCCUCUGAUGGCUUCAGCAUUGGACAAGCAGGUGUCAGCGGGGUUGGGAGUGGAGUGCAUCGUCCACAAAGUUUGAUCCCCUUUUCAAGCCAUACUUUUUCAACCCUGCAAGGCAAAGCUUCCAGUGACAUCAGUAGAAAAGUGAAACAAGCUCUAUCACCUGCAUUACCUGACAAGAGGCUUAAUAUGAUGAAAAGCAACAUAUCCAGACCCUCCCAGAGCAUCGUCCGACCAGGGUCCAACACCAAACCAGUCCUUCCUCCCAUCCCUCAGGGGCAGAAGGCAGGCGGUUCUUGAUGCUGGCUUCCUAUGGAGCAACUCCCUCAAUCGGGGCUAGACUGACUCCCUAAAGCCAACUACUACUUCUGGCUUUAUCUUGUCCAGCCCAAAGCCCACCCGGCAAUGCUCCACGUGCCUUUAAUCCUCCCAAUCCGUUUCUUCAAAACUCUGCAUUGCGCUGGUGUGUUCAAAUGGAACGUGAUGUAUUUUUAGCUUUUUUAAAGUAUCAUUUCAGAUUUUCCCACAGUUAUAAAUGAGUUUCCCGGA